CACUAAGCAUCCAAAUUCCUUUAUAAUUCAGAAGGAAUGAGGUGCCCACCUCCCCAUGGUCCUUUUGAAAAUCCCCCCCUCUCUAUGUAACUUGGGGUGGGGGGUAUCCCGGGCACAGAGGUGUGGCGCACAGAGAAUUAACCUAGGGCUGGGGUUGGAGGAAGGGGCUGUCUCUGGCCAUGCAGCGGCUUGAGCGGCGGCUUUCCCUCGUUUCAGCUGCUCCAGCCAUUUCUAUCCAUGUUUCUGCGCGCAUCCAGCUAGUGCGGUGAAAGGCGGCUCAGGAGCCCGAGCUACGGCGACCACCACCCGGCAGGACGAGAUCUAAGCGGCCUGCGCCCGCCAGCAACGGGGAAAGGAAAGCGGCUGCCGGGAGUGUGCAGCAGCCGGAGCCUCCCCGCGGCAGGACCUUUUCCGGCGCGGCACAGCUGCUGCUCAGCCUCAUGGACGUGAACUUGCAAUUCUGGAGCACGGAGGGCAAAUCUUUUUUCCAAAGAUUUCUUCACUGGGCAGAUAUUUUAGACCCUACAGUCUUACUGAAUUCUAAUGAAAAAAUAGAAAAAUCCAGAUUACUCUUACAAACCAAUGCUCAAACUCUUCAAGAGCUUUUACAGGACAAAAAGGUAAAAGAAGCCUGGAAGCUGAGUCUGUCCUCUGUGCACCCUGGUACUGGCGAGAUAAUUCCCCUUGUGUUUAGACCACCAGCUUUCCUGCCCUUAGCCACCCCACUGAUUUUUGCUAGUUUACUACCACACAGAGGAGCAAAGCAAGCAAUUAUUUGGCAGUUCCUAUUUCAUGCUUACACUGCUGGAUUCACCGUAGCAAAUGGAAAUGCUACAGUUAAAGCUGAAGAAACUGCAUUGCCACAAAAGCAACUCCUUAUGUACACAGGUGCCGUCUCUUAUUCAGCAUGUAUGGGAGCAUUUCCUUACUUUGUCAUGACACAACAUAAACUGAGUGGUCCUAUGCAAACAUUCUUCAAAAGAAUUUUACCCAUUCCACUUCUUGCCUGCCUGAGUGUAUUUAAUGUGAUGAUUGUCCGAGGAAAUGAGUAUGAGAAUGGAAUUGAAGUUAUGGACAAGAAUGGCAAGGUCAUAGGAGUGUCACAAAAAGCUGGGCUGAAGGCAGUACAAGAGACAGCUUUAUCAAGAGCAGCCUUGUUUGGGACAGCAGUAAUUAUUCCAGAGUCACUUCUCUACUUCUUGUACCGCACAAACUUUUUACUCAGAAAUCCACAUGCUUUGACCCCACUGAGACUGAUUAUGACUGUUUCAGCAUUGGGUGCGAUGCUACCAGUUUCAUUCAGUGUAUUCCCGCAGUUGGGAGAGAUAAAACGAGAUGACCUUGAAAAAGAGAUUUUGUCAUCCACAGAAGAAACUGAGCUUUUUUACAACAGGGGAGUUUAGGAAAUGGCUUUAACUUUUAAGUGUGCUUUUGAUGAAACUGAAUUUGUACAUCCAUACAAGGCUUCAAACCUAAAUCAAUGUGUCUAGUGUAUUUUUGAAUAGAAGUCAUGGGGGGGGGGGGCUUCAGACCGGGCUUGGAACAGUACAUUUUUAAAUGGACAGACUAAUCUAAACCAUCUGCAAGAUCCCCCAUACAACCCUGUGUGUGAAAAUAGCUUAAUAAUGCCUAUACUUUACAUGUGAUUAACUUCAGAAAGAGAAAAAUAUUGUAUAACUGUACCCAUCAGAAACAUCAGCAUUCUGUACUUUCUCCCAAGGCAAUGUCGUUGAUUCCCUACUUAUUAAAACCUAUAACUACAUAUUA